AUGUAUCUGUUGGCUCUGAGGCCACUUGGGUCACUAUCCAGGGGAGUGACCGAUAGCGAGGUAACGCCGGCGACUCACAUUUCACUCGCAAAGUCGAAAUUCAUCGACAACGGCGCGAGCUCUGGCGCCUCGGCUCCCGGGCCUCACAGAGCAACUGGCGCAUCGCCGAGCAAGCCGCAGGGUCUCCACGUCGACCGGAAGCAUGCCUCCAAAGCGCAGUGCGCGCAGUGCGAAAGCACCUUCGAAACCGCGGGCCGUAGGGCCGAAGACCAGGGCGGCCAAGGCCAAGGACGAGUCGUCCGCGAGGCGGCCGAGGAGGCAGUGCGCUCCCGUAGCAGCACGCCGGAGGGCGGGCCUCGGUCUCGGAGUCGGAGCAAGACUCCCAAGGCCACGCCAAGUGGUGAGGGGAGCUCUCGGCCCCAGUCGGAGCAGGCCAAGCCAGCCUUCGACUGGUCGGCCAACAUCAAGAACUGCACGCUGGUUGUGCAUUCCGGUGAGAGCUCACCCGAGGGCAGCGACAACGCUGCCAAAGACGAAGCACUGGCGGCGAGCAGCGCGCCCAGCUCUCCGCCUUUCCCGAACGCUCCGUCCGAGAAGGAGGCCGAGGACGUCGAGUCCAGCGCCGGCGUCGGCGACAGCAAGCAGGCGGAAGAAGACGAUGUCGUUAUGGCCGACGCGGAGGACAUGGCCGAGAAGUCGUCGAGCGACGCGGGCUCCGAGCCCAAGGCGGUGUCGCCACCCAAGCAUCUGACGCUGGCACAAGGUCGUGAGCGUGCCCAAGCGUCGAAGGCGGCUGCCGCUACGAAGACCGAAGAGGCCAGGGCGAAGAAGCGUCCCGUUUCCACGUCACCUCGCGGUACCAGCUCCAAGCUGUUCAGCGACUCGGAGUCUGAGGACGAGGAGGGUGCCGUCCAUGAGCCCAAGAAGCUCUCCAACGACCUCGACGAGCAGCAGGAGCAGUACCACGCUGCUCGUUCGGGGGCACACGCCAGGCAGUCGGCUGCCGCGACUGCUGUCGAGUCUUCGUCAGGCGGUAGUGCCACGUAUCCGCAGGGCUACUUCCCGCCCGAGCCUGGCACUGGUGCGCCGCACCCGACUUACGACGUGACCCUCGGGUGUCUUCGUCUCGUGGCGCCGCCUUGA